GCAGCGCUUCGGUCUACGGGAAGGAGCCAUGUUGAACCAUAUCCCAAUACCGUGUUUUUAAUAACGUUACGAUAAACGUAGCAUCGAAAGUGGACUCAUAUUGGAACUUGGACGAAGGGUUAAUAAUACCAAAAUGUCAGCGGAUGAUUUUCAGACAAAGUACUCCUCCGUUAUGGAGAGCAUGCUCAAGGCUGCAAUCGCUGAGACCACCAAACUUUUUGAAACUAUGGUCGAUGAGCUGAAAGCAGAAAUCUCUAGAAUCAAGAGGGAGAACGAAGACCUUAAAACAAGAUGCAGCCAACUUGAGAAUGCGGGAAACCAGCCGACCGUUGUCAGCCGAGAAAGUGAGUCUGUUGCAUGGCCGAACGGCGGCAGUGAAAGACGUGACCGAGCUGUUCAAUGUGACCUUGUUCCUUUCCGCACGAUGCUGGUGGAGCAAUGUCAGCCGCUAAGCCACUCACCAUUUCAAAACCAAGUGCAACGUUGCAGUUAUGAGGGGUUGGAGUACAGUUUGCAGGACCACACCUAUGGAGAGGGAACUACUCAAAUGGCCUUUCUACUUGUCAAACAGGAGGACGCUUAUGGCGAUUCUUCUCCACAGUAUGUUCUGAAGCAAGAGGAAGAUGAGCCCCCUGUGGUCUGUGGGCUAGUCUUGAGUGAUAAAGCAGAUUCAACACAGGCCUCUGCUUAUGGAACCGAAAAUGAAGGGCCUUUCGUUAACAAGGAAUGUUCAACUAGAGAAAUACCCCUACCUCAAAAAGAUGAAGAGACCAGAGUGGCCAUGAAACUACCCUCUUUGGGAAUGGAUAGCAGUUUACAAGGAACCCAAAACCAAUCGACCGAACUAGAGCAUUCAGUAGUCAUCUCACUCACUGCAUUAACAGGCAACAUGGAAGAAGAGUCUGGAAUCAGUCAGAAGAUGUCAGAAACAGAGGGAGAACUUGUAGCAUCUGAAAAACACAGAUUGGUGGUUGCUCAGCAUCAAUCAGAGGUUGAACCCCUUGAAAAAGAGCAACCAUCAGUGGUCGCCAAACAGUGUCAAAGAGAGGACAAAAUGUCAGUAAAUGAUCAAGCUGAAGUCACUCUGCAAGAAAAUGCAGAUGUGCACUCUACAGAGGAACAGUUGGCACAACCUACACCACUUAACAAAGGAAAUGCAUGUGAAAAAUUAAAAAGUGGCGUGGCAGAAGGUGAGGCUCUUCCUCAGCCUGAGUCUUCAGUACGACGUAGAAGGGGACGGCCACCAAAGAAAUCUAAAUGUCUGCAAGAGCCAGUGAAAGAAAUUGGUUCUCCAGCUGUUUCAGUGGCAUCUUUGAGAAGAAGGUGUUCCUAUGAAAAGGAAAAACUAUCCGAAUCUCAACAACUUUCAAUGGAAAUAGAAGAAGGAGCAUUUCAAGCUCAGUCCACUGAAGUCUCAUUGGCAACUGAGACAAUUAACACUCCAAUAGUUCAGUCCAGAGAACGCCGCACCUCUGUAACUCUUCAGGAUGCAAUGCUAUUAGUUGAAGCCAUGAAUCAGUCAACAGGUCAAAAUACAUUCUCCUCUUCACAAAAAAUGGCAGCACCUCCUCCCCAUGUGGGCACGUUACCAACUGUGGAUGAAGUCCCAGCUGAGCCACAGACACAGCUUCCUGUUGAGAUUCAUAAAGUUGACAGCAAUCUAUCCAUAACAGAGCUGCCCACAACAAGACAAUCGACAAUAGAGAAACAUGGUGCCGUUCCCGCUACUGCAGAUGCCACUCAAAACAAUGAAUCUCAGGCCCACAUUAAGGGUGUCAUACCAAAACAACAGCACGCUGUCACUCCAUCUAAUACUGCUACAUCAACUGCUGCAGCUCAAACAAGUAUGCAGUCUCCUAAGCAGCACCCUCCUUAUCCUCCGGUAACAUCAGAGAAAGCACCCAGCAAACUGAGUGAGACAGUAUCUCAUAAAAUACUUGUCAUGCCAAGAUCAGUGUCCUCAUUAAUACCUCAGAAAAUAGCACCGCUGUCUCCAACCCAGCUUCCUACUGUUGUCUCAAAAGUUGUUGCUUCACAGAAAAAUAGUAUACCUCAAUGCUCUACAGCUGCAGGUUUGCCUCUAGGAACACCUUCCCUUUCCUCUGGUCAUCCAAAAAAACUGUACGUUACAUCCAGGAAAUCUCUUCCUGUUGUCACUUCACAGUCGACAGCCACCUCAACAGACCCGCAGUCUGGGACUGUAUCACAACCAAAAAUUACAAUUAUAAUUCCAAGGCAGGUGUCAGCUGUGGCGUCAAGGAAACAUCAGUCACAGGCCAUUGUUUUGACAGCAAAGCAGGAGUCCACCAAAUCAGCUCCUCUUACGGUGUCAUCGCCACAGUUGAUUUCUUUAUCACAGGAGUUAGGCAAUGCUGUGGAUACACAAACCACUUCAGAUGAAAUAGCCACAAUAUCAACUCUAAAGAGACCGAAUGCAUUGGACAACUUGGAAUCUCCCAAACAAACUGCUUCUGUUUCUGAAACGCCAACAGAAACUUUUUCCAGUGUGAACAUGUCAGUUGAGCUAGUGUCUCCAAUGACCACUCAACAAAACCUUUCUGCUGUGGUCAGAUUAACCAGGCUCCCAUUUCCAGUAUCAGCCAAAGAAGCAGUCUUGGUUUCAGAACUGCCUACAGAUGGAUCUUCUGAAACACAAUCCAAUUUGAAAGAAGGUACUGCACAAGAGAAACCUUUGCCUGUAGUCAUAUCAACCACUGGCAUUUGUCCCAAUUUAAAAGGAACAUCUGUUGCUCUGUCUGUAAAUACCUCUCAGAUGUCAGAGCCAAAUGAUACUCAAAAGAAGGCAUCAUUGCCCUCUGAAAACAGCAGUACUUUGGAAGAGUCACCCAACAGCAGGCCAUCUACACCACCCAAGGUGUCAGUACCAGUCUUUGAGAACUCAGGAAUAGCCAACUCAGUCAGCUUGACUGAACCUCCAGAUGUAUCUGGUACAGAUGGUGAACCUCAUUUGGACAACAUUUCAGUGCAAGAUUGUGCAUUACGAAAUGACCCUCCCAUACAUCUGACAUCCAUCACCAACAAGGACACAUGUGACCCUCAUUUACAGAUGACUAAAGCCCAGUUCCUGGCACAGCUGGCAGUGUCACCUGUUACUCAAGACCCCAAAAAGGCCUCCUCUAAUGAUUCUGUAGAUGCCACAGCUUCUUGUUUGAUGACCAGCCCCAAUUACAAGGAAAGGUUACAGAAAAAUACCCUUGUGGCCCGACUCCGAAGUCAUCUCAGAACUCAUGCGCAAGCUAGAAGAACUGAAACAAAUCCAGAGCUGCGCACAGAAACAGAGAACCCCACUGUACAACUGAAGAAAACUAGAUUAGCGAAUGACAGUCCAAAUGAUGAAAACACAGCUAGAGAACCUAUCCCUAUCAACCCAAAAAACCCAGGAGCUGAAGAUGUUACAUCAGUAAAAAAGACAUCCAAUGACCCAAUUUCCAUUAGUCCUAGGAAAUCUGGACCAUGUAAACAAGGUCUUAGACCCAAGAGGACUGUUGGUGAACCAACUUCUGUCAGUCCUAGGAGGUAUAAGGUUACUAGUGAAUCCACUCCUGUCAGUUCUCGGAGGAGUAGUUCAGGUAGACAUGGUGUAGGCUCUAAAACUAAAAAAUCCACUUCUGUGAGUCCAAGGAGGUCUAGCUCAUCUAAAGAAAGGGACAGCCCUAAAAAUAAAAAGUUUACCUCUGUAAGUCCAAGGAGGUCUAGCUCAACUAAAGACAGGGACAGCCCUAAAAAUAAAAAAUCCACUCCUGUGAGUCCAGGGAGGUCGAGCUCAAUGAAAGACAGGGACAGCCUUAAAAAUAAAAAAUCUACAUCUGUGUGUUCAAGGCAGUCUAGCUCAACUAAAGUAAGUGCUAGCCCUAAAAAGACCGAAAACAUUUCUCUGCAUCUUAGGAGGAGUACUUCACCUAGAGAUGGUGCUAGCCCAAAAACUGGUGCAAGCCCUAAAAGUACUAAAACCACUUCUGUGAGCCCUAAGAGGACUAGUGGUACUAGUCCUAAAAAGACUAAAUCUACUGCUGUUAAUCCAACGACGUCUACUUUAAGUAAAAAAGGUACGAGCCCCGAAGUGUCUAGCAACGAAUCAACUUCUUUCUGUCGUAGGAGAUGUACCUUACCUAAAGAUGUUUCUGUCACACAGCAGAUUAAAAGAGAAUCCACUUCCUUCAGUCCUAUGUAUAACAUAACAAUUGAUGAUGCUAGUGCUAAAAAAGCCACGAGUGAAACUAGUUCUUCAAGUGUUUUUUGGCUUAAAUUGGCCGAAGAUGGUAACAGUCCUAGAAAGACAGGGGAGUCAACUCCUGCUAAGAAACCCAGAUUAAUUCAAGAUGAUGUAGGUACUAAAAAGAAUUCUAGAGGGGUGAAUGCUACGAAAUUAACAAAAGCAGCAAAAGACAAAACAAUAGCUACAAUGCAAAAUUCUAGUCACUCAAAAUUGCAGAAUGGAUCUAAACUAAGCGAGAUAGCAGAGAACGGUGCUAGCUGUGAGGCUGUGAGAAAAUGUACAGCUAAAGCUGUGUGGAUUCCUCCUACAGUUGUAGCAAGUAAAACACCUCCUGCAGGGGGAAAGAGGUCCUCAUUUUUACCUCCAACAAAAGAGGUAGACUCACAAAAAUCUCAAGGUCAUACAGCAGUUUACCCCCCAAGUGUUUCCCUCUUCCCCAUACCUGUCAGAGCACCACCUGUUGUAUCACCGUUACAGCCUUUAUCAGUCAUUGGAAGGCGUCUCCUCAAAAACCAGUGUGGGGAGUGCGGUCGUGUCCUCAGCAGCAUCGCAGCCCUGGAAAGCCACGUUAGUCUCCACAGAGGUCGCCGACCUUUCUCGUGCACGCUCUGUGGUAAGAGCUUCCCAGAUUCAAAAGGUCUGAAACGGCAUGGGCGGGUGCAUCGCAAUGGUAGGAUCCAUAUCUGUCAACAGUGUGGGAAGGGCUUUGUCUAUAGUUUUAGCCUCACCAAACACCUCCAGAUGGUGCACAGCAGGAUUAAACCUUUUAUCUGCCAGAUCUGUAACAAGGGGUUCUUUACAAGACGAGAUGUUGAAGCCCACAUACGCAUGCACACAGGAGAGAAACCAUUCCAUUGCAACCUCUGUGAAAAGAAAUUUGCAAGGAGGGUAGAACUAAAUGUGCAUUUAAGGUGGCAUAAUGGGGAGAAGAGACACUGGUGCCCAUUCUGUGAGAAAGGAUUUUUAGACUUCAAUAAUCUGAAAAGGCACAAGUAUAUCCACACAGGGGAGAAACCACAUUCCUGCCCACACUGCCCCAAGCAUUUCACACAGUCAGGUCACCUGAAAAAGCAUGUAAGGAAUGUACAUAAAAUCCAGUGAGAGACAUCUAAGAGGCCACCCUGUUCCGCGGAGAACAUUAAUGUCUUUUAUAAAGAGAGGUAUAUUAUGUGAAUACACAGUGCAGAAGGGUUCCUUUUCUCUUUCUUCUCUUCUUUGCAAUAUAUUUGUAAAACAAACACAACGGAGAAUUGCAAUCUUUUUUGCUGCUGUGUUAAUCAGAGGAUGUCUUUAUGUUGUAUUUUAUAAAGGCUUAAAGGAGUAGUUCCUCAUUAAAGGAAAGUAUUGCAAUGCCCUUUCAUAACAUGCCUGUUCAGACGCGACUCUUACGUGGCCUAUAGUAUUGCUGCUGGCAGCUUUCUCGAGAACCGCUCAUCCAAACAGCAUCCCACUCGACACUGUGCUUCCUCGGAUACUGAGCAACGUUCCUGAGCCCAAAACAGCCAUAGAUUUAUUAUGAGAUUUAGAAAUGAGAAAAAUUAAGUUGCUUUUCUGACAUAAUGCACCCCAAGAAAACACACAAAAAGCCCUCAAAGCACUUAUAACAAUGUUUUCCUCUGUACUUCUACUUCAGAGGAAAACAUUGUAAUACUACUUAAAGUUGUCAGAGACAUGUUACCGUUUACGUUGCAAAUUCAGAGUAUAUCAAUUAAAGGAACAGUGUGUAAGAAUUAUGAGGAUUUAGUGGCAUGUAGCGGUGAGGAUUGCAGAUUGCAACUAGCUAAAACUUCUCCUGAGUAGAAUUUCUUCAGAGUUCAUUGUUCACAAGGUUUUGUAUCGGGAGCCAAAUAAAGCAGUUUCGGGUUACAAAUGAGUUUCUCAUACCCCGUUCGGUAUUAUGCAGACAGCCCGCUUGCCCAGCACCUGUAAAUAUUUGCUCACCAAUUUUCUCCGAAAACUUAAUAUGUGCUCACCUUAUUUCUGAUCCAGACGUUAAGGAGGUUUUUACCAGGACCUAAAUUAUCUGCAGAGGUCUCUUCCUCUUCCAAAACAAUCGGACCAGCUGUUUUAAACAGGUAAAAACACUGAAUAAAGCAGUUUCAGGUUAAAAAAAAACAACCGUUUAUCCGACGCUCUCGGAGUGGCUGUUAAUCAAGGUGGUGGAUGGGAAAACGCAAAUGUCCCUAUAUAGAGCCAGUGUUUGGUUUUGUUCACUCUGGUCUACUAUUGAAACAUGGUGGUGCAACAUGGGGAGCUCUAUAGAUGAUUACCUGCUCCCUAUGUAGAUUAAAAACAGCUCAUUCUGAGAUAACAGAACAUAAGAAUUCUUAUUUGAGGUGAUUAUACACUAAAAAAACUACUUGUAUUUAAUUUCUGCCACUAUAUCCCCCUAAAUCCUGCACACUGGACCUUUUAAAUACAAAGUAUUAUUGUUCACUGGUAUUAUUCAGAAGUAUUAUUAUUAGAAUUGAAACCUCCACCAUUAACAGACGUCAAUGUUAGUACAUCACUGAUAAGGCCUCUCUUUCACUUUUCACUUUGAGUUAUAAUGUGAAUGUAAGAGUUACUGUGGGGUAUUAAAAGAUUUACUUCCAGAAAAAAAGUUUGGAGUACUUAUACCACUGCCACUACCAACAUUCCAAGUUAGAGUAAGGGUGUAGAGUAGAGCAAGACCGUGUUUCCCUGGGUCUCCAAAUCCCUAAAUCCACCCCUGAAAAACACACCCAAGUUGCAGCUACUCACGGACAGAAUCAUGGGUGAAAUACACAAAGCUGUGGUAUUAUUUUCCACAUAGGUGUCUUAGUCAGUAGUUUUGACAUAACCACAGUGGUUAUAAAAUAGAGCAUGAAUAUAUUUAGCAGCAGGAAAAUUAUUGGUGCUAGUUUGUUUGGCAAAGAAAAACACACCAAGGAUCACGGUUAUUCGCCGUCAGAAACACCUGGGAAAUACACUCAGCAAGACGUGCUCGACUCGGCACAUCCAUGAAGCCCUGCCCCCGCCCCUGCCUCUGCCUCUGCACAGAGCCUCAGACCUCUUGUUUGCUUGUUUAUUUAAAGUUUAUUAAUAUCAAACAUGUUUUAUGUCCAAAUCACACCCAAUUUGACAAUGCAUGUACUUGGGCACCCAGCAAAUUACCUGCCAGAUGUGAAGUAGAUCAGAUGAACGGUUCUCGAGAUAUACAAAGGGCAAAAAGACAGACAGUCUUUCAGGCUUUCUUGCCGAGAGUUCGAUCAAAGAAGAUAGAUAUUAGUGUCAUGUCUGUGCGUUAAAUAAGGAGCUGAAGCAAGAUGGUAAAUAGCGCUGUGUAAAAGACUGGAAGCAGCACCUCUAAAGCUUUGUGUAAAUUGCGAAUGUGUUAAAGAGCUUUAGAGGCUUUGGAAAGAGCUAGGCUUGCAGUUUCCCUUUGCUCACAGUCUUGCUAAGCUAAACUAAUUGUCUUUGGGUUCCAGCUCCAGAUUUAAAGCACAGCUGUGAGAGCGGUAACUCUCAGCAUGUACACAAAUAAGAGCAUUUUCUUAAUGUUGAACUAAUCUUUAAAACAUUUUUCUUUAAGGUAAUGUGCACUCUUUACAGGGUAGAGAAAAGUGGGGAGAUGAAUGACGAUGAUGAUCUCUGACAGUGUCUUCAACUUUGGUUGGUGGCUGAGAAUACACACUUGUAAAAGUAGCAUUUUUCCCCUCACAUGGUAAAUGCAAAUUUUAGAUAAAACUAAUAAGUCUUUAUUAUGUUUUUUGAUUGGCAAGACUUGUAAGAUCACGUGAGAAACCAUUAAAACAAAAACAUUGUGCAUCCAAACAUUUUGACACAAAUAUUAGAUGCAGUUUUGUUGUGCACACAGCCACAGGCUGUAAUAGAUUUUGUAUUCGUAGUGAAAAAUGCAAGGUAAUCUGACACGAACCUGAAGUCUUUAUUUAUGUACAUAGAACAUCUGUUUUAGACAUUUUAACUGUCUUACAUUUUAUUCUGUUGGUUUAUCAUAGUAACCCACAAUGUAAGAGUAUCAUCAAAAUCUGCUGCUGUUAUAUUACUUUAGAAAGUUCAAUCAUUUAUUGACUUUUUUCCUUAGUUCUAUAGCUACCAAAAUCAAAAUGGCCUGUAUCUAAUAUCAGUAAACAAAUAUGUCAUGAUUCCCUUUUUUCAGUGUUCACAAGACAUAACUGUGACACUUUAAACUGUUCCAGUGUGAGUUUGGAACAUAAAGUUAAAUGUAUGAAAAUUAGUUGACUUGUAUUAUUUAACUGUAAAAAUGUCAAUAAUUUGAAUACAGUGUAAAUUUUUGAUGUUUCUAUUUCUUUCAUAGCAUCGCUUUUCACUGAUGUAACAAAAUGGCAAUAAGUGUGCUGUACAAAUUUUAUUGCUUUGAUAGGUCUUUUUUCCCCCCUCUGAAGGACAUGGUAAAAGCUUGGUUCCAUUUUUCAAAGUGUUGGCUACAUCUAAACAAUUGUUGCUGCAGACCAUUCUGUGCGAAUUCUAAAACCUCAUUUGAGAAAUUGUACAUAUUUUGAGUUAACAUUUAUUUGAUUGCUAUUGAGUGAAGUUGUAUAUUUUCUUGGCCCUGUCAUUUGAGAAAACGGGUAAUAAAUGUAGCGCUGUCAAACUAA